UCAGAGAGCGGGUCGGAGUCGCCUGUCAGUGAACGCGGAGUCUCUGGACUGGAGAACAGAAUCACACGGCGGAGGGUCAGCCAGUUUAUACCGAGUCUGUAGCUUAGCUCUCCGGUCUGCCUGUGAGGAGUGGCCGCGGUCUGAGCAGCGCUGUUUAAACCCUAAAUCCGCGGACAUGGCUCUGUUCUGUUCAUAGUAUCAGCGGCGGACCGAGCGGAGCUACAACGCCGAGAUGAGCGCGGGUCCAGCGGGCAGCGGGUCGGCGCCUCACCGCUUCGCCCACUACUUCGUAAUAUGUGGAUUAGACAACGAGACGGGCCUGGAGCCCGACGCUUUAGCCGCUUUAUACCAAUGGCUAGAGGCAGACCGGCAGGGCAGGGAGCCGGAGGCCGUGGCUGCAGGUGAGAACUUUGACCAGAGUCCACUGAAAAGGACCUUCAAGUCCAAGGUGCUGGCCCACUACCCACAGAACAUCGAAUGUAAUCCUUUUGACCAGGAUGCUGUUAAUAUGCUCUGCAUGCCGAAAGGCCUGUCUUUCCGCACUCAGCGGGACAGCCUGGCCCCUCGCUUCCACUCGUUCCUCAUCACGCGAGAGGACGGCUCUCGCACCUACGGCUUCGUCCACACCUUCUACGAGGAGGUGACCAGCGCCCAGAUCCGCUCCGCCAUGCAGACUCUGCACCAGAUGCACCAAGCUGAGCAGCACACCUCUCCUCAUACCUGCCCUUCAGCCUCCUCUUCCUCCUCCUCCUCCUCCUCCUCCAGUAUGGACUCUCUGGCGAGCAGCUCGGACGAGGCGGAGUCUCCGUCCUCUCAGGCGGGGGGUCGGAGGGGCUGCGGCUGCUCGGGUUCCGGUUACGAUGCAGAACGGGACACGCUGUACGUCUCUAAAUCCAUAUGCAUCAUCACGCCCAUGCCCUUCAUGCACGCGUGCAGACGCUUCCUGACGCAGCUGCAAAAGGCCGUCGUUUCUCAGCAGCCGCCUCCGCUGCCCCUGGAGAGUUACGUUUACAACGUGCUGUACGAGGUCCCCCUGCCACCGCCCGGACGCUCGCUCAAGUUUCACGGUGUGUAUGAGCCCAUCCUGUGCCAGCGACCGGGGCCAAGCGAGCUUCCGCUGGCCGACUUCCCGCUGGGGGACGCCUUCCAGCUGCUGGGAGUGGAGAACCUGGUGCAGCUCUUCACCUGUGUCCUGCUGGAGAUGCAAGUCCUGCUCUACUCACAGGACUACCAGAGGCUGAUGGUGGUGGCUGAGGGGAUCACCACGCUCCUGUUUCCGUUCCAGUGGCAGCACGUAUACGUACCCAUCCUGCCUGCUUCCCUGCUGCAUUUCCUCGACGCCCCUGUGCCCUACCUCAUGGGCUUACAGUCGAAAGAGGGCACUGACCGCUCCAAACUGGAGCUGCCCCAAGAGGCGAAUCUGUGCUUCGUUGACAUUGACAACCACUGUAUUGAGCUGCCUGAGGAUUUUCCCCAGUUCCCCAACAAGACUGAGUUUAUACAGGAGCUCACUGAGGUACUGCUGCACUACGGCCUGUCUCCUGCAGGGGGUGUCGCCCCACCUCCACCCACUACCACUCAGACAUGUGUGACGGGCACAGGGUUGAAGAGCACAGCCCUGAAGGAGCUGGUGGAUGAUGGGAGAAAUGGGAACCUGCCGGGUGAAGCUUUAGAUGUGCUGGAGCUCCUGCAGGGGAACCCAACUCUAGAGCGUCUUCAGGCUCUGGCUAAGCGCACAGGGGUAAAAGUGGCCCGACUGGAAGCGCUGGUGGCGGGGCAGAAGGCUUUAGGGGAGGACAGUACAGGAGGAAGGACUGGUGCUGAGGAAGAGGAGCUGAGAAAUGCAAAGAUAAACGUGCAGCUGAGGGAGGUGUUUGCUGCACGCUUUGCCACAAUGUUUGCAGACUAUGAGGCCUUUGUUAUCCAGAACUCGCCGGAUUUAGAGUCCUGGCUCACCAACCGCGAGCAGAUGCACAACUUCGACAAGGCAUCCUUCCUGUCGGACCAGCCAGAGCCCUUCCUGCCUUUCCUGUCUCGCUUCAUUGAGACUCAGAUGUUUGCCACCUUUAUCGACAAUAAGAUCAUGUCUCAGUGGGAGGAAAAGGAGCCCCUCCUGCGCGUGUUUGAUGGACGCAUUGAGAAGGCCCGCCUGUACAACGUGAGAGCGCCGAGUCUACGCUCCUCCGUCUACCAGAAAUGCACCUUCCUCAAAGAGUCCGCUCAGGCUAUUGAGCAGCGCCUCAUGAAGAUAGACCACACAGCCAUUCAUCCCCAUUUGCUGGAUAUGAAGAUUGGCCAGGGCAAGUACCAGCAGGGCUUCUUCCCCAAGCUGCAGGCCGACGUGCUCGCCUCAGGCCCCACCAACAAUAACAGGUGGUCUAAUCGCACGGGUCCGGCUCAGCGCAGGAGGGAAUGGCCCAGGCAGCAGCCUGACCACCUCGGGCUGGACAAUGACCUGAAAGAGCAGGUGGAGGGGUGUUUGGUGUUGCAGAACUCUAUGGCAUUCUGGGAAUGGGACAAGGCACCACCCCCUCCCAUUAAACCGCCCAAAAAGUCCUUCUCAGCCUGCUGCCUGAAGUACAUGCAGGAGGCUCGUAGUCUGGGGAAGAAUCUGAGACAGCCCAAGCUGUCGGACCUCUCCCCAGCUGUCAUAGCUCAGACCAACUGGAAGUUUGUGGAGGGCUUACUGAAGGAGUGCAGGAUGAAGACUAAGCGGAUGUUGGUGGAGAAGAUGGGCCGGGAGGCUGUAGAGAUGGGGCACGGAGAGGCUAACAUCACCGGACUGGAGGAGAACACUCUCAUAGCCAGCCUGUGUGACCUGCUGGAGAGAAUAUGGAGCCAUGGUCUACAGGUCAAACAGGGAAAAUCUGCAUUAUGGUCCCACUUAAUGCAUUACCAAGCCAGAGAGGAAUUGACUGAACAACAGGCUGAGUCUCCAGUGUCUACAGGACAGGAUAGGAGGAAGUCUGAGUCUUCUAUCGGUCUGCCAGCACUGCGCGUGUCUGUAGUGCAGGACAUGAGACACAUUCAGAACAUGGGGGAGAUAAAAACAGAUGUGGGCCGAGCCCGAGCCUGGAUUCGUCUCUCUCUGGAGAAGAAGGUUCUCUCUCAGCACCUCAAACAGCUGCUGUCCAACCAGGCCUUAACCAAGAAACUGUAUAAGCGCUAUGCCUUCCUGCGGUGUGAGGAAGAGAAGGAGCAGUUUCUCUUUCAUCUGCUGAGUCUGAACACUGUGGACUAUUUCUGCUUCACCAGUGUCUUCACCACCAUUAUGAUUCCUUACCGAGCCGUCAUCAUCCCCAUCAAGAAGCUGAGCAAUGCCAUGACCACCUCAAACCCGUGGGUGUGCGUGUCGGGAGAACUGGGCGACUCGGGCAUCAUGCAGAUUCCUAAGAAUGUUCUGGAGAUGACGUUUGAUUCUGCCUUUAGGCCUCACACGCACAUCUCCGCCCUCUUCAAGUGCCAGAAUCUGGGGAAGCUGACCACCGUGCAGUUGGGUCAUGAUAACGCUGGGCUCCUGGCCAAGUGGCUGGUGGACUGUGUGAUGGUCCGCAACGAGAUUACCGGACACACAUACAAGUUUCCGUGUGGUCGGUGGCUCGGGAAAGGUGUGGACGAUGGCAGCCUGGAGAGAAUUCUGAUUGGAGAAUUAGUUGUGCCAUGCAGUGAUGAAGAGGUGGUGCGAGGAAGCAAGACUCCCCCUCCUCAGCGAUCACCAUCACAGCUUCGGAGAAUCAGCAUUACCUCGAUCACAGGCCGAGGCAACAAACCAACAACAGAUCAGAUACAGGACGCCAUCAGUGAGGCCAUCAACAACAUCUUGAAACAUUUUCACAAACCAGAGAAAGAGAGAGGGAGUCUGACUGUUCUGCUGUGUGGAGAGGGCGGGUUGGUGGGAGCCGUUGAGCAGUUCUUCUACCACGGCUUCCGAACAGCUCGUCUUUUCCAGAAGAACAUCUUUGUCUGGGAUUUUAUAGAGAGGUCCGUGGUAUAUAUGGAGAGUGCUGAUCAGAUGGGGGAUCUGCAGGAAACUCCCGAGCCUUUUGGUCUGACCUGCGACUCUCUCUGUCGUUAUGCAAACGCCAUCAACAACACAUCACGUAACAUCGGCAAGGACGGCAAGUUCCAGCUGCUGAUUUGCCUCGGGGCAAGAGAUCGUCUGCUGUCUAACUGGCUCCCCCUGCUGGUGGACUGUCCAAUCAUCACGCGGAUGUAUGAGGACUCAGCACUGCUGCGUGACCGUGUCGCCGUCAACUCUCUCAUCGGCAUCCUUCAGUCUCUCCACGACUUCCCCAUCACGCUGGAGACCUCCCUCACUAAAGGCGUGGACCUGUAGUCCCCUCUUCAAACUGCUUUAGACUCAGAACCCCCAUCCUAUCCCCACACCCAUCUUCUUCACUUCUGCUACUGCAGUCGCUCUCAGGGCCGGCACGGCUCCAGCAGCUCAGGACUCGGCUGCUCAAGACUAACGGAAGCUUUUUUUUUUUUUUUUUUUUAAUUCAAAUUCCCAAAACCCCGUGCACACAAAACAUUUAUUGUAGCAGUGUUGAGGGUUUGGAUUCCCUGCAAAAGAAACUGAAUCUGAGGAUUUGCUCUUGAACUCUGCUGGUGUGGAUUUGUGGGGUUUGAUAGGAGGGAGUUCUCUUCUCCUGUGUUCGUCCGUCUGACCCCCCAGCCACCUUUUAGAUUGCUUCGCUAUCGGAUUCACGCGAACAGAGGAGUUUCUUGAGAAGUAUUAAGAAAUAGCUUUGUUUUUGAAUAUUGUCAUUUGAUGCAGAGCUUUAGCGUUGUCAGACUUCUCGCAUCACAUCAUUUCUUUCCACAACUGAAGGCUGAAACUGAAUCACACUUGCACAACUGUUAAGAGGACAUUUAAGAGUAUUGGGGUCAGAUAUCGGCCACAGGUGGAUAUAUUUUGUUUGUUUAAAGUCAGCUUUGAACUUUGGGUGACCACUUCAACAGACAGUUUUAAAGUUCUCACGCGAGAAAGGUUUAUCUGGAUAUGUCCAGCCGAGCCUGAGGUAGUUUAAAGGAACUGACAUUCCAGCAACACCAACAGAAAACACUGUAGUGAAUAUUCCGUGUGUGUUAUCAUAUUGUGAAUGAGAUGUGAUGUAUGUGUAUGUGUGUGUGUGUGUGUGUGUGUGUGAAUGUAAGUGUGUGUAUAUACUUAAGAGAAGAACAUUACAGGAAGAGGUUUAUUUUGCCAAUCAGUAUUAACUUGGUUUGUGUUGAAAUCAAGCUUGAAUUUUAUAUUUAGGAGAAAACACUGGAAACAGAAAAGCAAUAAUGCACCCUGCCAUCUCCUGCCCUCGUACAAACUGAAGUGAUUAUUCAUACAUACUUACAGCCAGCUUUCACUUUCCUACCAUGUAGUAAUUUCCUCAACAUGCAGAAUUUGUCUCAGAUUUAAAGCCCCAGGGAAGAUGGUUUGGGAUCUGAGUUAUUUGACCUGGAUCAGGGAGCUUUAACCUUUCUAUAAGUUUGACUCUAUAGGAACUCUGACAUUUUCAAACACAUUUACAUCCAUGUAGAGCUACUACCUUACCAUAGACUUUGGAUCCAACCCUAAUCCAACCCCUCAACCUGUCAAAACUGUUGGCUGCCUUUUAAACGUUCUUUAAAGAUUGGCUAAUUAAUGAGUGUUAGAUUUGGGUUUGAAUUGAAGCCGCCUCCAGGUAGGUCACCAAAAGGAAGGUUGGAGGUAAAAACUCUAUAAAGGUUAAAAACUACACAAAAAAUUACAUUUUCAUGUGAAGGAAGUUAGAUCUUCUGGAGGGUUGGAGAUGAAAAUGGUAAGAAAGCUGAAAACUGCAGGAAUAAGGAUCUCCAGGAGUAGAGUUGGAGUUGAAGCCUGCAAGAAGCUAAGACUUCUGGAGGAUGGUUGAGCUGGAACCUGCAGGAAGACAGAUCUCCAAGAGAAAGGAUUUGAGUUGCAACCUGUAGGAAGAUAGAUCUCAAGGAGAAAGAAGUGGUUUGAGUUGGAACCUGAAGAAAAAGGGAUCUCUUGGAGAAAGGGUUUGAGUUGCAACCUGCAGAAAGGUAGAUCUCAAGGAUAAAGAAGUGGUUUGAGUUGGAACCUGCUGGAAGAUAGAUCUCAAACAGAAAUGGUUUGAGUUAAAACCAGCAGGAAGACAGAUCUCAAAGAGAAAGGCUUUGAGUUGAAACCUGCAAGAAGAUAGGACUCCUGGAGUAUCAGUUGGAACCAGUUGGAACCUAUCAGUUGGAAAUAUUAAUGAUAGAAAUCAAUAGGUAUCAUGGACAAAAAGAGAAAAUAGUUUAUUUAUAAAGAAACCACUAGUUAAUGCUGCAGAAGAUAAUACAGCUGAUCUCAUUUUACCUUGAAUUACAGUGUUUGAAUUAGUUCACCCGUGUUUAAUUCUGCGAGAGGGUGCAUGAAUGAACUCGAGCACGCUUUCAUUUUUCCAACAUCUUGGAUCGUUUCUGUGUAUUUAUUAUUAUAAUUUUUUUUAAACAAUGUUAUUUGCAACACUGGUUGUUUUACAGUACGUGUUUAACUGGAUCAUUUUGAUGUGAUGCUGUAUCAGUUAUUUAUUUUCUGGUGUAUCAUAUCUGCUGUUUAGUCUUGGUUGGUUCAAAACUGUGUGUAUUAUCAGUAUAUGUUACCUGUGUAAGACUGAACUGAAUCCAAAUGUCUCCCUAUCUCCCCAGUCAAAGUUGUUCCAACAUUUCCUUGCAUUUAAUUGCAAUGUGGGAAGAGGUAAAACAAUGGAUCAUUCCCUUUUGUCUUCAGUGCUGUUGCAUGCUACUUGUUUUAGAGCUCGGUGCUGCAGCUAAAGCUGUAGAUUAGUAAUUAUCAGCCCUCUCCUGCCCACAUUUAGACCCGUUCCAGGGUCCUGGCCUAGCUCUCUCUAUUGCCUGACGAGUUCAUUGACCGUUCUAUCUUUUUCCCCUCUCCUCUUGAAUGCAUUGUGAACUUUCCUCAUCUGGAAUUUAAAAACGAGUGGAUUCUUCCAUCUGUCAGUAAUGGGUAAAUGAUUGCUGUUAUGAAAUAUUCAUAAAUAUUUAUGAAACAUCUCAUUAAAAUUGCUUAGUAUGUUGGAACAA